AAUUCAGAAAACAUAUGGUUGAAAUACAUUGCACGUCUCACACACACACAUAUACAAUGAAGACAUGGGCCAUAAUAUGCAUAGCUAUGUGGUAGUUUAAUGUGAUUACAUUAUAGGUUGGAAGCUAAGCUUAGCUAGCGACCAAAGCUACUAUAUUGCAAUGCAUUGCCCGCCAUCUUUUUAAAGCGAUAUAAAUGGGAUGUUUCGCUAGCUAGGAAAAUACAUGCAUCCUUAAUGUUUCGUCGAUUUUACGUGUCUUGUGUUCCUAUGAAUUCUGACAAUAACAAAUCAUACAAAGCUGUAGCAGCAGGAGAAAGUGGACGGUCUGGCUGAGGUCUUGAGAUGGGAUGUUGUAUCCCCACUGGGAAUAAGGAGGAAGCACUUCGGCAGGACUGAGAUCCCUACCACCCAUCUAGACAGAAAGUUGUCGUGUGCUGCGGUCCCUCCCCCCAGGAGACGACGCCGUUCGACUGUUGUCCAGCAUGUCGGACGCCCCGGAGACCGCCCCCCCUACACCCCCGACACUCUCCAACCCCCCUCCCCCUGAAGUCACCAACCCUACCAAGCCGGGCAGGAAAACCAACCAGCUGCAGUACAUGCAGAACGUUGUGGUGAAGACUUUGUGGAAGCAUCAGUUUGCCUGGCCCUUCUACCAUCCUGUGGACGCCAUCAAACUCUGCUUGGCCGACUACCAUAAGGUGAUCAAGAACCCCAUGGACAUGGGCACCAUCAAGAAACGCCUAGAGAGCAACUACUACUGGAGUGCCAGUGAGGCCAUGCAGGACUUCAACACCAUGUUCACCAACUGUUAUAUCUACAACAAGCCAACAGACGACAUUGUGCUGAUGGCUCAGGCCCUGGAGAAGAUCUUCCUGCAGAAAGUGGCCCAGAUGCCUCAGGAGGAGGUGGCUCUGCUGCCCCCCGCACCUAAAGGAAAAACCAAGAGUAAACCCCCUCUUCCUGCCACUACAGUGAGCCAGGCUCAGGCGGAGUCCUCAGCCUCCCCUCCAACCUCCUACCCCUCCCCCUCGCCCUCCCAGACGCCAGUCAUCUCACCCACGCCCACCCCCACCCCCACGCCCACCCCCACCCCCACGCCCACGCCCACGCCCACGCCCACUCCCACUCCAGUCCAGACCAUGCCCCCGGUCUCCGUGUCUACGCCACAGCCCACGGCAACCAUCAUGCCUUCUGCUCAGCCAGUCGUCAAGAAGAAGGGCGUGAAGAGGAAAGCGGACACCACCACCCCGACUACCUCGGCCAUCUCGGCAGGGCGGGCCGACUCCCCCCCGGCCCAGGACGGCGGCAAGCAGGCCAAGAUGGUGUCGGCCCGCCGGGACACCGCCACCCGGCCCCCCAAGGCCAAGAAGGAGGGGAGUGGCGGGGAGGAGGCGAGCGAGGCGGGCCCCGCCGGCACGCCGAGCCGGAAGGGGGGGAAGCUCGGGGAGCAGAUGAAGCACUGUGACGGCGUCCUGAAGGAGAUGCUGUCCAAGAAGCACGCCGCCUACGCGUGGCCCUUCUACAAGCCCGUCGACGCCGAGGCCCUGGAGCUACACGACUACCACGACAUCAUCAAGCAUCCCAUGGACCUCAGCAGUGCUCGGAAAAAGAUGGAUAACCGAGAGUACAGCGACCCCCAGAGCUUUGCCACGGACGUCAGGUUAAUGUUCUCUAACUGUUACAAGUACAACCCCCCGGACCAUGAGGUGGUUGCCAUGGCGAGGAAACUGCAGGAUGUGUUUGAGAUGCGCUUUGCCAAGAUGCCAGACGAGAGUUCGGAGGCAGCGGUGCCGUCCACCACCCCAGUGGUCAGUAAAAGCACCGCCUCCUCUGACAGCAGCAACAACUCCUCCUCCGACGAAUCAUCUGACUCUGAGGAAGAACGGGCCACACGAUUGGCUGAGCUGCAAGAGCAGUUAAAGGCAGUCCACGAGCAGCUCGCCGUCCUGUCCCAAGCCCCCGUCAGCAAACCAAAGAAGAAGAAAGAGAAGAAGGACAAAGACAAGAAGAAAGAGAAGGAUAAGGUGAACAAGGGAAAGCCAGAAGAGGAGAAGAAACCCAAGGCCGCCGCCCAGCAGGCCAAACCAGCCAAUCAGAAGAAAGCUCCGACCAGGAAAGCCAACAGCACGGUGACUGCCACCAGGCAACCCAAGAAGGGGUCCAAGGCGGGCGGCCCAGCCAAUGGAGAGGAGGGGGAGGAGCCAUCGCUGCCCAUGUCCUACGACGAGAAGCGACAGCUGAGCUUGGACAUCAACCGUCUUCCUGGGGAGAAGCUGGGCCGCGUGGUGCACAUCAUCCAGUCCAGAGAGCCCUCGCUGCGGGACUCAAACCCCGACGAGAUCGAGAUCGACUUCGAGACGCUCAAGCCGUCGACGCUCCGAGAGCUGGAGCGCUACGUCAAGUCCUGUCUGCAGCGCAAGCAGAAGAAGCUACUGCAGAAGGCAGCUGGGGGUGGGGCAUCGGGGGGCGGGGCUAGCCGUUUGAGUGGCAGCUCCUCUUCGUCCUCGGAUGACAGCUCCUCGACAGGCACCUCCUCUUCCUCAGACUCUGACUGAAAGCACACACAAAUCAAACACACACACACACACCCACACGUGCAUUCUAAUGCUAAGUUUUAUACUGUAAAAAGACCACACACAUACAGAAAUACAUAUAUAUAUAUUAACACGCACACACAAACACAUGCAGAUAUGCAGACACACAAAUACAUACGUGGCCAGAUUGGGAGACUGUGUAAAUAGGCUGAGCUGUUUUUAGUUCCUAGUGUCUUUUAUUGAAACCUAGACAGACAGACAGACGGACACACCCGACCAGACGUGCAGGACAGAGCGAGAAAGACGGACAUAGAGGAAGGAGCUCUCCUCGAUGCGACAUGACCUACCGACCUGUUGACUGACUGUCUGACUGAGGGAAAGGGGGGGGUGGGGGUGGUGGUCUUUCCUUUUUGUUAUUUUUUCUUCCCAUCAUGAAUUGCCCUUCGAGGAACACUGAACCUUGUUGCUGUGGAAACCAAGAUUUUUUUUUCUUCCUCUCUCCUACUGGGAUGGCCUGCCCAGACCUCUGAAAACAUUCCAGAGCCAGCAGUAGGUUGUCACAUGAGCAAACAGACUCACCACAGGGUGGCGACAUCACAGGAAGGGGUGUGUCCGCACCCCCUGUCCUCCUUCCUACGCCCGUCCCGCAGGCCUCCUCGCGGCUCCUCCACACGACGGUGGUGUCCUCGGGGGCGCCUUCAUCAGAAUCCUCUUGGGGGCACGUGUGCGUGUGUGUGUGUGUGCCUCACCAAGGCUGCAUCGCAAUUUCAGCUUGUUGGAAAUAAACUGCUCUUAUUGGCAGAGCUGUGCCCGUGCAACACAGGUCGUGUAUGUGUGUGUGUUUGGUUGGUAUGCGUGCAGUCGGGCUAGGCUAUGAUUUUUUUCCAAGGCCCACACAUUGCCCCUUGUAUCUGCUGUCAUGGAAACAGUGAGCUGCCUCGGAUUUGGUCUGCAUUACCCACAACUCCCUCCUGUUUCCUGCAUCGAUGCAGUGCUAGCCGAUCAAAUCAUCUCUCAUCUCUACCACCCUCGGCCUGUAUGUCUUUGUGUUGGGGCUAGAAGUCCUUGGGUUACCCUUUGACCUCUGUGUAAGAGGGAAUCUGUGGAUGCUCUGUCCUGUGUUGUUGUGGAAACCAGAGCUGGUCAGGAUUAUUAUGGGCUGUCAUCAGACUUGCCAGACACGUGCAGACACUAACACCCCAUCCUCUCCCCCUUUAAAAAAAAAAAGUCCCUUCCCUGCAUAUUCACCUUUGUUUUUAGUUGAUGGUCGGUCGAGCGAUGACUAUGAUAAUAGCUAAUUUUUGUAUUUUAAUAAGAAAGCUGAAAAAAAGUUUUGUGUAUUUGCAUGCACUCCGGCUGUACGUUUCUUCUGUCUGUUUUGAGCACUGUAAAGUAGCCGUACGCUUAGAGGGACGCUCCGCUCGCUAGAGUAGAGACAGACACGCAAAACCAACUAGUCCAAUAUUUGAUGUAAUUACUUAUAUGGGAUCCUUAUUUUCUGAGUUUCUUUGUUUUCAUAAAUAAACACAUAAACCUA